UCCUAAAUAGUGUAAUGAUGGUUUUGGUUUUGCUUUUUAAGGACAUCUUCCUGCGGGGAUCUCUCCAAGUUUAGUUCUCUGAUUCCCCUUUCCUCACAGUCUGCUGAUCCUUGGCACUCUGAUUAAGAUUCUGGAGAGCCCGGAAGUGACAUUCAACCAUCCCUUUCGGGCUUCGGACUUUCUUUCCUAGAACCAUGGCCCAGUUUCUCCGUAACUUAGUGGAGAAGGCCCCGGGGAUGCUAAACGCUGCUGUGACUUACUCAAAGCCUCCAUUGGCCACAUUUUGGCACUAUGCCAGGGUGGAGCUGGUUCCUCCAACCCCCGCUGAGAUCCCUGCAGCUAUUCAGAGCCUGAAAAAAGUAAUCAAUAGUGCUGAGACUGGUCGCUUCAAACAGCUCACAGUUAAGGAAGCCCUGCUGAAUGGUUUGGUGGCUACUGAAGUGUGGAUGUGGUUUUACAUUGGCGAGAUCAUAGGCAAACGAGGCAUCAUUGGCUAUGAUGUUUGAAGACCAGUCUUUAGCAUCUGAUUAUGUUUGGUUUGCUCUUUGAGUUUUCUUGGACCAUGUGUGAUCAGCCUACUCUAAUAAAAUAGAUCAUCUAAAAAAAAAAAAAAGAUCCUGGAGAGCUGACUGGAAGCUCUGUGCACGAAUGGACUUGUAGAAUGAGCUAGCAAGGAAACCUCUGAUGUCACACAUUUUAGGCUUUGUCUCAGGCUGGUCAGAUUCGCCAGAGGACACUAUUCCAAUCUUGCCCCAGUAUGUACUUGGGUCUCAGCAUCCUGGGGGCUGGGUGUGGGAAAGUAGGGUGGGGGCACAACAAGAUUGCGAUGGAAACUUGCCCAUAAGCCCUAUAUUUCAGCAGAGUGCCUUCCCCCUUGUAGGUCUAACGGGCCCUGCCCAGAGAACCUGAGCCUUAUCCUCCCCAGAUCUCUCACUUCCUGGCCUCCAGCUGGGCAAGGCCUAAGUCAUCUCCACCCCACUCGCUGCUGCCCUCAGUUCCAGAGACCAGAGACGGGACCCUGAGAUGGAAAUCAGAUUGUUCUUCAUCGUCCCCACUGCCCACUUGGCACCCAGCUGUCUCCUCUCUGCCAAAGUAGUGACCAUUUGUCCACCUGCUUUUCGUUUUCCAAAUUGAGAUGCCAUGUUCUCCUUGUCCUCGUGCUUUUGUUAUGGAUUUAGUGUUAUUGAUUAUGUUUUUAGUGUUCUUUAUUAACGUUUGUUGUUCUUUGAUGUGUGAUAGUGUCUUGCUCUUUUUAGUGUUUGAGGAGGGUUUGGGGAAAGACCAGGAAGGGUUUACUUGUUCAGUCUGACCUCAUUAACCAUAAGACAUGGUUUUAAAGCAAUUGUGAUUUUCACUGAGAAAACAGAGAGGGAACUGGUUCAAUCGGUGGUGGUUUUCUGUUUAUAUUUGCUUGUUUUUUAAGACAACAUGAAUCUCUCUAAAAUGUUUUGUGGGGAAGUGGGAUUUGAAAUAUGCAUUGAAGGAGCAGAAAUAAACCUCUCAAAUCAGAGCAUGACAUGCCAGUAUGAAAAACUUAGGCUUUUCCCUCACGUUCGACAUUUUCUCUUCCUGAAGGGGACCUGCUCCUGGGAACGCAGAGGCUGAGCUCAUUAGUGCCUUUG